AUGUCACUCAACCCUAUUCUCUUCCCUCUCAUCAAACCCACCUGCAUUGCCAUAGCUGUGACCGAAUUCUCCUUCAGGUGCCUCCACUCUCCACCGUGGCCAUCACCACCAACAGUGUUUCCACCACCACCUCCCUCCUUUCCUCCUCCUCCUUCACAAUCUAGCCCACAACCUAUCCCUGGCCCCGUCGCCUCACCUUAUUCAUCUUCUUCAUCCUUCCAGCACCACCCAAGACAGUUCAUCUUUUUCAUCCUUCCACCGCCACCCCUCUUUUGCGCACAACCACGACCCUCUACCAUACCAGGUCAGUGUGUGCAUGAUAGGCACCACCAACCUCAUCACCACACGUCAUUGCCACGAUAG